AUGAGCCGUCAUCUCCUCCCAAAUACCUCGUUUCCCAAGGCCUCGGCCGCCCUACUACGCCCAGCGUUUCCCCGCAUGACGACUUUGACACGGUUCUACGCAACACAUAGCGAUCUCGGUGGAGGUUCUAGUCCGAAGGCAACCCCAAGACGGAGAAACGUGACGGUUCUAUCCGAUGAUGGGCGAUAUGAGUGGGGGGAGUUGAGUGGAAGGGAAAAGGUCGCGCGGGCGACGCAGCAGUCGAUCAACUUUCUUGUCAUAGUAGCCGGGGCGGUUUUGACGGGCGGGGUUUUCUACCUGCUCUAUACAGAGGUCUUGUCGCCGAACAGCAGGACAUGGCAGUUCGAGAAGGCUGUCGAACGCAUCAAGGACGAUACGCGGUGCACGGAUCUACUAGGCGAUCGAAGAGAGAUCAAGGCGUAUGGAGAGAGUACCGGGAGCCGAUGGGAGCGGAAUAGACCUAUUGCGACUUCAACCUUUAAGGAUCGGCAGGGUCGCGAGCACAUGAAGAUGCAUUUUCACGUUGAAGGACCACUCAACUCCGGGAUCGUGAUUGUGCAUAUGAUGAAACCCUUGGACAAGGGUGAAUGGGAGUAUCUGCUUCUCGCGUUGGAUGUCAAAGGGCAUUCGCGUGUCAUCUUAGAGCAAGCCCAAGAAAAGCCGGGAGUUGCCAAGGCGUUGAAGAUCUUUGGCAUUCAGUGGCGAUAG